AUGCGAGCAAUUGCCCAACUGGGCAUCGCCUUCAACGUAUCCGUCAUCGACGUACCCGUGCCGAAAAUCCUCAACGGAACAGAUGUCAUUGUCAAGCUCAACGCUACCGCUAUCUGUGGUAGUGACUUGCACAGCUAUCACGUUGAUUCUGGAUCGCAGGACUUGCCAUAUCUCUACGGUCAUGAAGCCAUUGGUGUUGUUACUGAGAUUGGUGAUGCCGUCCAGUAUCUGAACGUGGGUGAUUAUGUCGUCAUCCCGGAUAAUCUGGACAACGGCCACUUCACGGUCGAACCAGAUACCUACUAUGCUCCCUUGGGCUUUGGCGGACCUGCCGAUGGAAGCGUGCUCCCCGGUCUUCAGACGGAGUUUUCUAGGGUUCAAUUCGCGGACAAUUCGCUCAUUCCCAUCCCGGCCAACUCGAGUACCAACAUCACGACGUUGAUCGACUACCUAUUCAUAUCCGAUAUUCUUUCGACAGCUUGGCAAGGCGUUACCUGGUCAGGUUUUGCACCUGGUGAUUCAGUUGCCGUGUUUGGCGCUGGACCUGUUGGCUUGCUAGCUGCCUACUCCGCAAUCGUCCGCGGUGCAUCGCAAGUAUACAUCGUCGAUCAUGUUCAAAGCCGUCUUGACCUUGGUGUAUCUAUUGGUGCUAUUCCAAUCAACUUCGGCGAUGGAGAUCCUGUUGAACAAAUUCUUGCGCUUGAGCCUGAAGGUGUGCGAAGAACCGUCGAGGCUGUUGGUUUCGAGGCUGUUGACGCAAAGGGUAAUGUCGAUGCAGGCCUUGUUCUGCGCCAGGCUGUCAAUGUCACAGCGCAAAGGGGAGGCAUUGGCAUCGUCGGUCUUUACAACUCUACUUUGACUGACUUUGGCAUCGGGUCCGUAUUCGAAAAGGGCUUGCGGGUCCAAGGCGGUGUUGUCCUACCCCUGCAAGGCGUAGCUCAGGAAUUGGUCCCUCUGGUGGCAUCGGGCAAGCUCAAGCCAAGCUUCAUUGUCAGCAGCAUCAUCAGCCUGGAGGAUGCGCCCGAGUACUACCAUCGCUUCGACCACCACAAGGAAACAAAGGUGGUUAUUCAACUCUGA